AUACAUAAUUGUGCCUGGGGAGGAUUUGUGGGUCAGAGCAGAGGAACGGGGCCCUGACUAGGCCUGUUCCUUCGUCUCUGUUACCCCCGUGAAAGUUGGCACCCAGUGAGAUUUUAUACAAUCUAGGCUUGAUAAGGACUAAUUUGAAGAAACUGUCAGAGCCUUCAUUCUCUUCUCACUCCGCAACAGUCCUCUCCCCGCCCUUCCGCUGCUACUGUCACGGACCCUGGACUCCAUACUGGGACCCUUUACAGCUUGAACCUGUCUGCUCCACGGAGAUCACAGCCAGCCAUGAAGUGCCGUUUCAUCUUCAUUUUCAUGAUUGCCGCUGGUGUUGCUCUGGAAAGUUCUCUUGAAAAGAUGAAAACACUAGAAGAGUUCACCAUUCCUUACCUGGUCUAUCUGGAGGCCAACCCAGAGCCCUGUGUGGGAUCGCUAAUUCACCCCAAGUGGGUCUUGACAGCUGCUCACUGCUCCUUACCUAAAAAAAUCCGCCUGGGAGUUUAUCAACCCAGCACCAAAAAUACGAACGAGCAGUUGCAGAAUUACUCAUUGACUGUGACUCACCCUGAAUUUGAUGGAAAAUCCCUGAAAAAUGACCUUAUGUUGAUAAAACUCUCCAAGAGUGCUGAUUUUGGCCUUCAUGUGGGAACUAUAGCCAUAGCUAUUGAACCUGUGUCACUUACUGACUCCUGCUUUAUCCCAAGCUGGACCUGGAAUAACUAUAAAAAUCUCACUGACCCAGAUAUCCUGACAUGGAUAAACCAACACUUCCUUUCCUCCCAAAAGUGCCUGAAUAUGCUCCAGAGACAAGAGCAAAGAACCUCAGUGAACAUCUUGUGUGUAGGAAAACCUCUAAUUGUCCUAUCUAACAUUAAGGUUGGUUCAAGCUUGAACCAGGAAGGGAAGACCAACUUGGAUGUUCAGAGAGGGCUGGAAGUCUCAGCAUCUCCGGCCAUCUGCAGUGGGCGAGUACAUGGAAUCUUGUCCUGGACCAAAGGAGUCAUCACUCUGGGAAGUGAAGGGUUCUUCACAGAGGUUCAUCCUUAUGCAAGAUGGAUCAUGGAGAUCAUCAGUACCCACUGAGAUGCCCCCUCAACAUCAUGUCUGCAUGAUUUCUACUGGAUCCACAACUCUCUUUAUCGUACUCAUUCUUCAUCAAAAUACAAGGUGAAAGCAUUCAAUAAAAAGGCC